UCUUAACAUAUCUGUUAAUUCACUCGAAGUUGGCUUUUAUUUUGAAAUCCGGUUUCCACAUCCAUUCCCGUAAUACUUUGAAUACACAGGGAACGUAAAACAAACUGGAGGCUGGCUUGACUGCAAGUCUCGAAUUGGAGGCUGGCUUGACACAAGUAGAAUACUGAAGAGGUAGGACCCUAUAACUCUACAGCGGCUCUGUUCGUAUGACAGAGGGAGGAAAGAAAGCCAAGUAAGUUUUCACACCACAAGAAGCAGAAGUAACCACAAACUGAAUGUCCCUGAGCAUGGGCACUGAUAUGGAGAAAGAAUGCUUGCCGAGGAACUAGUGCUUAAACAAAGGACGAAGAUACUGCAUGCACUGUGCAGCAGUGGGUCAGCUGAGCAUCUGGAGAGGGUCCUGGAUAUACUGCUUGCCCAGGGGGCGCUCAUAUGGGAGGACUACCAGAACAUACAGGUACCAGGAAGAACACUGUAUACCAAUGCAAGACAGCUGCUUGAUCUGGUCUAUACAAAGGGUGUGGACACAUGUGGGCUCUUUCUACAUGCUCUCAAACUGGUCUUGCCUGAAGCACAGGCAGUGGGGCUCUCUUUCUCCGAAUCCUGCUCAAAUCUAGAAGAAAACGAUGAACGUCAGAGCACUUCUAAUCAAACUCUUCUGGCUCAACGACCGAGCCUUGUCCACAAGCUUCAGGGCUGUGUCGAUGGUGUUCUAGAAGCUCUGCUGGAUUCGGGUCACUUUUCUUCAGCUGAUUGUGAUGAAGUGCGGUUACCUAUAUAUACUCCCACCCAACAGGCAAGGCGUCUGCUUGACCAUGUUAGAUCCAGAGGUGAUUUAGCAGCAUCGGUUCUCCUGCAGUACAUUCACCAAAAACAAGAACCUGGAUUUCCACUUAACCAGAGGGAACUGACUCCUCCCAAAGAGUUUUUAAAGUACCAGAAGAAGCUGAGCAGCUCUGUGUCUGCUCAGGCCUGCUUUCUCAGCACUUAUGGGGGAACUAGCCAUAUGUCUCUUGAUGACAUUUACACUGACGGCGAGCUGGAACUAGCUGAAGUUAAUGCCCAUGGACCUUUGGGAUUGGAAGACAUCGUUGGUUUGGCGGGUAUAGUGAAUGAGGAGGCCGACACAGUGCUAGUAUCUGGGGAGGCAGGCAGUGGAAAAAGCACCCUUCUCCAGAGGCUGCACUUGCUUUGGGCUCGAGGGUUAGCCCUUCAAGACUUUCUCCUUCUAUUUCCAUUCAGCUGUCGUAGGUUGAAUUCAGAGCACAAUGAACUGUCAGUCCAGGAGUUGUUGUUUCAGCACUGCUGCUGGCCAGACCGGAAUCAAGAAGAAAUUUUCCAGUUCAUCUUGGACCACCCGCAUCAAAUCCUGUUCACUUUUGAUGGCCUGGAUGAGCUCAAGCAGAGCUUUACAGAUGAACACAGAGUUUGCUGCCCCACCCAGCGUGCACCUGUUCAUGUAUUAUUGUUCAACUUAAUCCAGGGUUCCCUCAUGAAGGGGGUGCAGAAAGUGGUCACUAGCCGUUCAGAAGCAGUGAGCCCAUUGUUAAAGAAGCACCUACGCAAAGAGGUUGUCCUGAAAGGGUUUUCCCCAGCUGGGAUUGACUGUUUUGUACGGAAACAUCACAGGGACCCCACUGUAGCCGCUAAGGUUUUAGAGUCAAUGCAGGCGAACACAGCUUUACUUGGACUCUGUCACAGUCCAGUUCUCUGCUGGAUAGUUUCACAGUGCCACAAGGAGCUGCUGGGCUGUGGAGAAGGCAGCCCCAAAACAAUUACAGAUGUUUACCUGAUGAUCUUACAGCACUUUCUCCAGCACCAAAGUCCUCUGAAGAGCACGAUGGGUUUAGGCUGGCUACAGGAGCACCUAAAAACAGUCCUUCUUCUUGGACAGCUUGCAUUUGAGGGGAUAAGAUCCACCUGUUAUAUUUUUUCAGGUACAGACCUUGAAGCAUGUGGUGUAACUGAAAAGGAUAUCUGCAUGGUUUUUCUCAUAAAAAGCAAAGAUAUGUCCUCUACCCACUCCAAGUGCUAUGAAUUCAGUCAUGUGACAUUGCAAUGUUUCUUUGCUGCUCUCUUCAUUGUUUUGUCAAGUAACAUUAACCGUUCAGUUAUCCCAAAGCUCUUUGAGCUAGAGAACAUGAGGGAGACAGGUCUGACCCGUGUCUGCUUUGGAGCCUGCUUGCCUUCCAGUGAUCAACAACAGCAAGCUUCAGAGAAGGAAAGUAAAGCAGCAGAGACACCAAAUCUGCAAAUCACAGCCAUGUUUGUGUCUGGACUAUUGUCCCAGCGCCAUCAAAAUCUGUGGCUCCACUGCUGCCCCAGCGCUGCGGUGGAAAAAAAGGCCAGACAGGUGGCAAAAUGCCUUUCCAAAGGCAUUCAGAAACACUUUAGGUCCAUUCCCCAACCUGUACAAGGGGAAAAGAAGAGCAUGCAUGCAAUGCCCGACUUUGUGUGGCUUAUAAAAUGCCUCUAUGAGAUGCAGGAGAGUCAGAUAGCUAAAGAUGCUAUGAGCAAGUUGGAGGUGGACCAUCUGAAAUUGACAUACUGUAAUAUCGGACCUGUAGAGUGCACUGCGCUUGCUUAUGUGCUCCAGCACUUAAGAAAUCCUGUAGGCCUCCAGCUGGACAACAACUCUGUGGGUGAUGUUGGAGUGGAACAGCUUCUUCCCUGCAUGCACAUUUGCAAUUCCCUUUACCUCAGAAAUAACAACAUUACAGAUGAGGGCAUCCGCAAACUGAUUGCUAAAGUCAUCCAGUGUGACAGCUUUCAGAAAAUUGCGCUCUUCAACAACAAAUUAACUGAUGCUUGCAUGCAGGAUUUUUCUUAUUUAUUGAAGACCAAGCAGGUCUUCAUUUCUUUAAGGCUAGGCAACAAUAACAUAACAGCAGAAGGAGCAAAGCAGCUGGCAGAGGGACUGAAAGUCAAUCAAACCUUGGCGUACUUAGGGUUAUGGGGCAAUAGGAUAGGUGAUGCAGGAACUGAGGCCCUUGCUAGUAGUCUUGAGAAAAGCAACUCUCUGGUGUGGCUAAGCCUGGUAGGCAAUGGUGUAGGGAGUGCAGGAGCAUGUGCCCUCGCUAAUCUCAUCAGGAAGAGCACAUCACUGCAGGAACUUUGGUUGACAGAAAACUGCAUAACCAGAACGGGGGUGGAAUGUCUGAUUCAAGCCCUUAAACACAAUACAUAUGUGACAUCGGUAUGGUUAAGAAACAAUGAUCUCAGUUUGGAGGAUGUAGAAGAAAUGAAGCAACUGGAAUCAAGACUGAUCUUCUGAUUUGUAUUACAGUGGCAAAGGACUUUACUUAGCAAGAAAAUGUAUUUUAUUUAUUACAGGAAUAGUUUCUAUUUUUAUU